UGUCAACAGAAACAGAAGAACAGUGAACUGUAGAAUAUUUCGUGUAAAUUCAACUCGCAAACUGGAGUAAAACUAAAGUGCUAUUCGUAUUUACUUUAUAUAUGCGAAGAAAAGUAUUUAGCUGUCAGUCUAGAGCAUCGAACAACAGCGAUUGUGAAUGAUUUCGGGUCUCGACGAAAUGCGAAUAUUUUUACGACACUGGAAAAUGAGUACGUCGUCAAAUUCACCCUCGUACAUUUUAUAUCGUGUAGGUAGUAAAUUGUAAAGUAAAUGAAUCGAAGCGACUGUACCUCCUUGUUUCUGUCGCAAGCAGAGUUCUGUAUUUGUUAUCAAUCGUUAUCAAACGCUAGUACUUUCGAAUCGCAAACGUAAUAAUUCGACUCGUUUAUAUCGUACAUCCAUUACGGUUACAUUUCAUCUUCAUGAUCGAGCUGAACUUGUCGACACAUUCCGUCACCGUAUCCGGUUAAUACGAUAUCGAAAUUUUUCUUAAACAUGGUAGGAUGCUCAAUUUAUGGAAGAAAAUCCAGGAGAAAGGACACAUUAACACUUCGCCGAAAAGAAAAGAAACGGUCGAGUUCACUUGUCUGGAUCCGCGAUACGAUGGACCUUUGAGAGGAUUCGAGUUGAAUGCCAACGAUAUCAUUACAUCGGCGCAAAAAUGUUACCUCAAUGCGACGUUGGACGACAUAUUUCGCGAUAACAAAAUAGGCUACAAUUAUUUCAAGAAUUUCUUGGAAAGUAAACCGAUGACCGUAGAAGUACUACAUUUGUGGAGUCGAAUCUCGACGAACCAAUCGCUCAAAGAUGGAGACGUCGUCACGAGCGAUAAUCAGUCAGCAACUGCAGCAUUUGCAGUCAGGAAGAUGGAUUCGCUGCUGGACGGCGAAGCUCAGGCGAAUACGUCGACAUCGGCAAUCGGCGGUAAACUACCGGACCAUUUGCGAAACAAACUGGCGUUACUUUCUAAUAAGGGGAACGUGGACGAUUUAUCCCAAGCUGACUUAGACGCUUUGAAGUCCAUAGCGAACGAAUUACUACGCGAAUAUUGGAAUGAAUUUUUGCGGAGCAAAUGGUACUGCCGGUAUCAAGUCGAUUUAUUAACUAGCAGAUGUAUAACGCUGGCAGACGUGUUGCACCACGAUACAGCGUUGUCUUAUUUCAUACAAUUUCUAGAAACCGAAGGAUGCCAGCACACUGUGGAAUUUUGGUUCGCUGCUACGUAUCACGAAAAAUUCGUUCGCAAUUCCAUAAAUAACGGUACUUACGAUACGGAAAGAAAUCACGCGUUGACGGAAGCCAUUCGUAUUUAUGAAAAAUAUUUAUCGUUGCAAGCGACGUGCCCUCUCGGUUUCAGCGAUCAUGUUCGGUGCGCUGUCGAAGAGGCUAUAUGCGACGAAGUGAAUGGACCGAACUUGGAUUGCUUUAAACCAGCUGUGAACGUGGUUCUAGCAUUUUUACAAACGCACUAUUUAAUUCCUUUCUUUUCGUCGCAGCAUUACGUGCAUUUAUUAUCGGACAUGAUCAGGAAUAGUACUAUGCUCGCUAAUCAUUCCCCUACUUCUUCUAUUAGCGAUUUUAGCGUAGAAUCGAAGCAACCGCUUCUCAACAAACAAGACCCUGAUUCGAUUUGGUGUCGAAGGAAACAGAGUGGAUUAAGUUUCGGACGAAUAGACCAAUUGGGACGAUUUCGAAGAGACAUCGAACCGGAUCCAGGACGUAAAAACGAGUGGAAAAUUUCUAAAAUGAUGAAGAAAUGGGUGCAACGAGGUGAGAAUAAGGUCGAAGAAGAAAUGGCGUGGCAAGUUGCCGAAAUGGUUGUGAAAGAUGUUAUUGAUUUGACUAUGGGCUGUAAUGGCGAAACCGAUGGAGUAGAAGAAGACUGAUUUCUUCGUUAAUGGAAGCAGGUCGAUGGGUAAUGAACCAAAAACCACCGUAUUCAUUUAACGGUCAACGUUUUUUUCUGUAAUGUUGUAAUAUUUUUGUCAAUAAUGAAUUUUUAUUUUA